GGCACUGCCUCGCGUGCUCAACGCCGGCUGAACAUCCGAUGCAUUCGCUCGUUCUGUUUUCACUCGUGCCACCUCAUCAUUGUCCAGCUCGGUUGACGGUGGCAGAGAUAUGCGUGGCCGCCGCCUUCUGUAAUCCUGAGUAUCACUUCUCCUUCCCUCUCGCUUUGUGUCUGUGCUUCACCGCAACGACAGUGGCGCGCCUCUAUUACUUCACUCCGAGUGGUCAACAAGGCUUUCUAUGACAUGAGACAAUCAGGUUUGCACGCCCCCAAGCGAGAUAGACGUUCUCGUUCACGCCACUCAAGGCCGUCGCCUACGGUUCCUUCUCCGCAUGUGGAAGAUGAGUUGACCUCACUGGCCCGCGAAGCGGGUUCGGAGCGACUGUUGACGGAGCUUGUGAAGAGCAACCGCGAUGAAGCACGUUCGCGCGGUACUGUGGACCAGGAUCCGAUAAUACAAGAGGUCCCGGAAUACAUCCCCGAACGACGGUUCGUCUUGGUGCCGAACGACCUACCAACGCCACCGACUUCUGGAGACGAAAGCAAUACUGGGCCAAGGCCUCAGGGACCGAAACUCGACACGACAUUCAGCAAAGCUGCCGACGUUACUGCGCGGACGGCAUCGCCGUAUGCGUAUACCCGACCCGCGAAGCCACACGUAGGUGAUGCUUACUUUUCGUCGCCGAACGUGCCUACUCCGCCACCUACCGACUUUCAGCGCAGACGCCGAGAUCAUGAACACCCCUCGGUGGCGUCGUCGCGAAGAGACACACCUCUCACUGCCACGACCAGCAAGCGCGAUUAUUUUUCGGCGGAACACGUAAGUCGAGAUCAUGCCUCCGAACCUAUGUCAGAGCGAUCAAGACGCUCAGCUAGCGGUACCUACUCCGACUCGCCGAAGAUGGAUGCUCGAACAUCCACAAGAGACUUCGCCACUAGCUCUAACAGUGUGCCGCGGGUCAAACGAGUGCAUCUUGACGCUCGGCGCAACACCGACACUGCCAGUACUAUCCCCACGUUGCCAUCUUUCCGCGACGCCUCUUCGCGCAGACAUCCAUCGCAGAUCGCUGUGCCUUCCUUCAGCGAUUUCGGUGGCUCGGCAAUCUCCUCGACUCCAGGCACUCCCCUGGGGCCCACCACAUACUACCCUGUGCCACGAUCUCGAGAGCCGAGCUAUACUUCUUCUUUAACGGCUUCGCCAUCACUCAGGCCCAUAAGGCCGGAACAUACUCCACCACGAUCGCCCAGGUUGUCUUCAGACCUUUCUAACGUCAGCUUGCCCGCCAGUUCACCUACGUCCUCUGGAAGCUCGCGACCAGCAUCGCCUUCGCCGAAGACUCCUGUCGAGCCACGUCUGCCAAAGACCGAGCAUGAUUGGAGCAGGUUACUAGCAGCCAACGCUCAUCGGCGGGGUGCCAAUGUACCUCCACCAAGGCUAGCAAUGUCGACUGCCCACGAGAUCAUGCAGGAGUAUCCACGUCCAUCCUCUAGCGGUGGAUCGGCUCCGCGAACCGUCCAGCCUCUGCCGUACCCGGACGAUGCUGGCCCAGGCACACCAACAUUUACUAUGCCUUCGGAGACAGAGCACCAGUACUUCGCGCCUACUGCUUCUCUCGGGGUACCCCUUGGCUCCAAGUCGAGGGCAUCAUCCCGCGUACCAUCACCUGCCGCGAGUGACACCUCCUGGGCUUCUAGGCGGUCUGUUCCUUUACGUCCAUCAGUGCCGAUCCGUCACUCCUCGGCCGCUGCCGGGCCUUUACCCGGGGACGUGCCGACUGCACGCGACACUCGAGAAGUAGCCAGCAAGUCGUCCCAGACUAGGAAGGAACUCGCAGCAUUACUGAAGAAAGGCCUGCCGAGUUGUAAACGUAUCGGGCCGGCCGCUGUCUACAUGGACUGGUAUACCGUUACUGGUGCCCCUAGCCUGACUUUCUGUCCAGACUGCGUGGAUGCUGUCUUCGAGCGCACCGUCUUCCGGCCGUCGGUAAGGAGGCUUCCGCAGCUCAGCUCCGCAGAGGAGAUCAGCUGCACCUUUGGCUCCUCCGCAUGGAUGCGGCUUGCCUGGCUGCUCACGCUUCGACAAGGAAGAACAGAUUUCACCCUCUUGAGAGACUUGGCGAGCAUUGAUGAGACAAGUGAACCAUGCCCCGGCAGCGACCAAGCAGAAAGGACGUGGUAUGGCCUUCACGACUCCGACGGCUUCUUCGUGAAAGAGUUCAAUAUCUGCUUCGCCGAUGUGAGAAAGAUCGAGCGGAUGUUACCAACUCUCAGCGGCUUCUUCGUCCCCUUACCUUCACGACUGCCGUACAGCCAGCAGAUGUGCGCGAUGCGAAUGGAGGGCAACCGCUUUUCGGCGUACCUUGAUGCGCUCAUCGAUACGCACGAGCGUGCGGUUGCGUCACGUCAACUACCGGACCCUAUCCCGUUCAUUGCGCUAGUCGAGCGCAAGACGCGGUUACGAGAAUGCACGCGAGACAACAUGCUUAUCGGAGCGCUCUGGCACUUCAUCCCAAACAUUCCGACUAUGACCGUCUGCGAAGAUUGCUUCGAAUCAGUAGUCGAGCCGGAAGUUCAGCAAGGCUCCGACGUUGCCCUUCGCUUCAACCAAACUGUACAGCCUACAUAUAACGAAGGCAUGGGCACCAGCUGCCAGCUAUACUCCCGCAGAAUGCGCGAAGUCUUUCGGCGUGCGGUAGAAGACAACGACUUGCGGUACCUGGCGCGGAAAUCUAGAGAGCGCCGGGAAGCAGAGCUACGACUUCAGGAGCGAUAUUUGGAGCUGAAGCGAAAAGCUAAGCGGUUGUCGAGAGAUGGUAGUGGAAGUGAAGACGAUGAAAGGCGGCUCAACCGAGAACUCGAGCGACUUUCGGAAGAGUGGACGACACGAUGGGAGUGAUAGUGACUUAGUGAUGACCUUAAUCGUGUUCCUUGGCGCGGUCACGGAUGAUACCCACGGACAAGGUUCCUUAGCACGGGCGUGAGGUGUGUAUCGAAGCCCUGGCUUUGCAAAUGGAAAACGGAUCCACAUCUGCAUAUAAUGAGCUGAGCAGCCGAACCUCAUUGCCAACGCAUGUGCUCAUGACAUUCAUUUUCAACUUACCAGAGUAGUAAGAUGUAUACGAGAUGCAUGUAUCAGGAGGCUUUAC